AUGGGAAAACAUGGCUGUGGGAUUAUGAACGAAAAUGGAGAACAUCUAGUAGACUUUUGUGGACUGAACAAUCUUGUAAUAGGUGGAACAUUGUUCCGACACAAGGAUGUCUAUAAGCUGACUUGGGUAUCACCUGGAGGCAGAGAUAAAAACCAGAUCGACCACAUAGCAAUUAAUGGCAAAUGGAGGAGAUCCUUGCAGGAUGUGAGAGUAAGGCGAGGCGCUGAUGUUGGAAGUGACCAUCAUCUUGUCACAGCAAACAUCAAACUCAAACUAAUGAGAGCAUCAGAACCUUGCAGGGUACAGAGAUUCGACACAGGGAAACUCAGACACAUGAAAACCAACCAUGACUUCAAAUUUGAACUGAAGAAUCGCUUUCAACUCUUAGAACAAAUAAAAAGUAACAACACUGAAGAAAGUGUAACAGUAGAUGAACAAUGGCAUGAAGUGGAAGAUCUGUUUAAAAAGACCAGUGAAAAAAUAUUGGGUUUCAAACGCCAAAAGCACAAAGAAUGGAUCAAACAAGAGACAUGGACGCUGAUUGACAACAGGAAAGAGCUAAAGAAAAAGAUCUGCAACACUCACUCUGAUAGACUAAAAGACAGACUAAUGGGCCAAUACUCCAACUGUAAUAAGGACGUUAAGAAAGCCACCAUAAAAGAUAAAAAAAAGAUUUCAUCAAGGGAUUAG